GCUCUGCCUCGUCGCUGAAGCAAUAAUUCUAUCGCAGUCCUCCCUGCUCAACUCAAUACUCACUCACCUCGAUCUACAGCUCCACAAUCCGUAUAUUGUGCCCUCGACUGCGUUAAGAUGUCACGAAGAUACGACUCAAGAACAACCAUCUUCUCGCCAGAGGGCCGUCUGUACCAGGUCGAAUACGCGCUGGAGGCCAUUUCACAUGCAGGAACAGCCCUGGGCAUACUAGCGAAGGAUGGUAUUGUUUUGGCAGCGGAGCGCAAAGUCACAAGCAAGCUGCUAGAGCAGGACACGUCUGCGGAGAAGCUGUACAUUUUGAAUGACAACAUGAUAUGUGCAGUCGCUGGCAUGACAGCCGACGCCAACAUCCUCAUCAACAUAGCCCGCCAAGCAGCACAGCGCUACCUCCUCUCAUACAACGAAGAUAUCCCCUGCGAGCAACUCGUCCGGCGCUUGUGCGACCUCAAGCAGGGCUACACACAGCACGGUGGCCUACGCCCCUUCGGCGUCUCCUUCAUCUAUGCCGGCUGGGACCCCCAGCGCGAGUUUCAGCUAUAUCAGAGCAACCCGUCUGGUAACUACGGGGGCUGGAAGGCGACGAGCGUGGGAGCGAACAAUGCGAGCGCGCAGAGCCUGCUAAAACAGGACUACGACGAGGAGUGCAGUCUAAAGGAGGCGUGUGGGCUGGCGGUCAAGGUGCUGAGCAAGACGAUGGAUUCCACCAAGCUGAGCAGCGAGAAGAUUGAGUUUGCGACCGUAGGCAAGACCAAGUCGGGCAAGGUCUACCACCACCUGUGGAACGCGGAAGAAAUCGAUGCGCUGCUGAAGGAGCACGGCCUAGCAAAGCCUGAGGACACAGAGAUGGAGUCGUAGGCGGGCGUAUAUAGAGCGACGUUUGACCCGGAUUCACAUGCACGGACUGGCUGAGUUGCAUCAUACCGUUUUUGAGUGUGGUACUUUGCAGCGGCAGCAUAAUCAGCAUCAUUACUAUCAUCAUCUUCCUCCUCCUCCUCCUCCUCCUCCUCCUCCUCCUCCUCC